GGCUGCCCGUAGAGAGAAAGAGUCUGACUCCUCCAUUGAAACACUUUCCAGCAGAUCGCAAGUGAGGGGACUCUAGUGCUGGGCUUUACAAUAUGGCUCAGAUGCUGCAGAUGGCGAUUCCCAACUUUGGCAACAAUGUCUUGGAGUGUCUUAAUGAGCAGAGACUUCAGGGACUGUACUGUGAUGUGUCAGUGGUGGUGAAGGGUCACACAUUUAAAGCCCACCGGGCAGUGCUGGCUGCCAGCAGCUCCUACUUUCGAGAUUUGUUCAACUCUGGAAGUAAGAGCUUUGUCGUGGAGUUACCACCAGCAGUCCAGCCUCAGAGCUUCCAGCAGAUCCUUUCCUUCUGUUACACCGGCCGACUUAGCAUGAACUUGGGUGAUCAGUUUCUCUUAAUGUACACAGCAGGAUUCCUACAGAUUCAGCAGAUUAUGGAAAAAGGCACAGAGUUCUUCCUAAAGGUCAGCUCACCAAGUUGUGACUCACAGGGCCUUCACACAGAAGAAACACCACCCUCAGAACCCCAGAGCCCUGUUACUCAAACUGGAAGUGGUACUGUAGGUGGGGGUGCAGUCCCCACGGCAACAGCUCGACCUGCUUCCUGCCUAACACCCCUUGCAUUGGUGUCAAGAGUGAAGACAGAGCAGCAACCUCAGGCCCAGCAGCCCCAACAAGAAGCAUCAUCAUAUUCAGUGGUUUGCACUCCAGUUGCUAAGCGUCUUUGGGAGGGAGGUAGCCGUGAAGGAGGUGGAGGAGGGGGAGGUAUGAGGAAAGCAGCCCGCUAUUCGCAUGAGGUGGCACGGAGCACAGGAGGGGCACCGCCUCAAAGUGCAGCCUUAUUGGGUGGAAGUGGUACCACUAAUAGCAACAACAAUAACAACAACAGCAGUAGCACACCGGAAGGCACCAGUCCAGGCACACCCAGCAUGUACACCAGUGAUUCGCCGAUCUCUUACCAUGAUGAUGAUGAAGAAGAGGAAAUCACAGACGAAACCACAGAAGAACAGUACAGACAAAUCUGUAAUAUGUACACUAUGUACAGCAUGUUGAAUGUAGGGGCAACGGCCAGCGAACGAGUGGAAUCACUACCAGACCACCUCACAGUUGAAUCAAGGGGAAGAGGAGUUCGAGUGAGGCAAGAUCUGGCCUCUCUUCCCACUGAGCUCAUUGCACAGAUCGGAAACCGCUGUCAUCCUAAACUCUAUGACGAAGGUGACCCUGCUGAGAAACUGGAGCUAGUAACAGGCACCAGUGUUUUUAUUUCACGUGCUCAGCUGAUGAACUGCCACGUUAGUGCAGGCAGCGCGUGGUACGCAAGAGCUGGAUUCCGAAACUGA